AUGAAGGUGGCCAUGGAAAAAGACUUGGGCAAGCAAGUAUUUGCCUAUUUUCUCAAUGCCUUUCCCAACUCCGCCCAAUAUAUUCUUGGCCCAUUUUUCUCCGCCUAUCCGGAGGAGGUGGCCAAAGUGUGGGUGACGCAACCAAGAAGUGGCCCAACCUAUUUUUCAGACUUCACAUGGGCAUCCGUUUGGGAGAGCGCCAAGCCAUUUAAAGGUUGGCCGACGGGAACCCCCCUCAAAUCGGAUCCCACGGCAACAAAGGAGGCCCCAUCAAAGAAAGCAUCAUCCGCCGCCGGGAAGGCCGAUCACUCAAGCUCGGCGGAUGGCAAGUUUGAUUGGUAUCAUUGGUUCAAGGCAUUGGAACCAAAAUUGAAGGGCCAUUGGAAGAAAAUUGGGAUUUAUGAUACAUUGCUCCUAUGUGCGGGGAGCCCAUUUCCUUGCGACCGAUCUCUCAUCAUUGCGGCCCUAUGCUUUUGGUCUUCCUCCACCAAUUGCAUGAGGCUCCGCUUUGGGAUGAUGACACCCAACUUGCUAGACUUGGCCGCUAUUGCCGGCCUCCGCCCUCAUGGAAAGGAUUUCUCGGCCGCCAACCUUCCGGAUGGCAAAGUGGGCUUAGAUUUUCACAAGUCAAACAAGAAUUCCGGGAGCUGGGUGAAGACAUAUCUUGGCCAUGGCGGAGAUCCCACCGACCCUCCUUCCAUCAAUGGCGUAUCCUACACUGAGCACGUGGCUUUCCUUGUGAUGUGGUUGUGCAAGUUCUUGGCAUGCCCAAAAUCCGGCGGGAUCACAAAGGAAUUUCAAGCCUUGGCGGAGGUGCUUGCGGAUGGCCAUCAAGUGGCCAUGGGCCCAAUCUUUCUUGCCUAUCUUUAUAGAGGGCUCCGUGAGGUAACCACUAAACCCAUGGAUUAUCAUGCUUCUGGCCCCAUAUGGAUUUUUCAAUUAUGGCUCCAGUUAUAUUUUCCGGAGUUAAGUCCCACCACCGUUUGCCCAAACGAUGAAGCACUUUUGGGUCCGCCUUUGCUCAACGCCCCACGGCGGAAGCAUUUUGUGGAGGAUUGCUUCCGCUUUUUCUAUGAGUGCCAGGAGAGGACUAGGGAGCAUCUCUCCAUUUGCCUUGAUCACCGUUUCCCGGAUUAUCUAGCCCUGGAUCUUUCCUCAUAUCCCACGGCGGAGACGAAAGAUGAGAGACAUAAUAUGUGGGCGAGCAUUCUUAUCAGCCGAGAUCUUCCAUAUGGCCUAAUGGUGAACAAAGGAAGCAAUUAUCAUUGUGGUGGUGAGCUUUAUUAUCCCGCCGCCGCCGGCUACCAGCUUGGUUUUAUACAGAGCAUUCCUAUACCACCCAUGGAUUCCGUCAACCUGCUCUCCUCUUGGCGGGUGGAAUUUAAAGAUGCGAAAGAAGUCACCACCUUGACGGAUUUCAACCAAGACUUGGUGAAAUCCUUCAGUAUUCCGAUUAGAGAUCCUCGGUUUGGUGACUCUAACAUCUUUAUCCAUUGGUGGAAAGAAAUGUCGGCCGGUUGGUUUUCUCAACCAUGCUCAGAGAUUGAGGAUAGGAUCCUUAAGCAUUGCCCAUGCUCAUUGGCCUUUCAACAAGAGAAAGAGAAGAAGAAGGCCCAAGCAAAAGUUGACACCGCCGAGAAGGAAAACCCUCCCGCCAAGGUUAUUGAGAGAGAGAGCUUGGCCAAAUCCGCCAAUGCAAAUUCUGGGCGGGGCGAGAAAAGGCCCAACACCCCCCAUCCAAGGCCGGCGGAUCCUCCUCCCUCUUCUCAUUCGGUCGGGGCCGUGCAAUCGGCCACCACUUCAUCCGCCGCUCCGGAAACACAACCUCCUACACUUGAGGAGGGAGUUGGGGCGCAAGUCAUGACUUCGGUGGGCGAGGAUGAGUCGGCCGAGAUCACUACCACGGAGCACCCGGAGGAUGUUUCCAUGGGGUCACACGAGAUUACUCCUAUGCCCGAUGAUGAUGCCCAUGAGGACGUGGCCGAGCUGACCGAGGAAGACUUCCCACAUGUUCCGAAUUCUCAGGCCAUUUUUGGCCCCAACCUUUCUUCGGCCGAUGCCAUGGCCACUGAGGCCGAAUUUCAGCCCCUCUCUGCCAUAAGUUCGGGCUUUACCUUGACCCGCCUUCUCGAGGCGCCCCUAAGUGGCCCAACUUUUCAGGCGGAUGUGGUGGAGUCUACCGCCAUUACGGUCGGCCAUGCGAUCGUCGCCAAUGGUGUGCCUCCCACUAUUCCCACCGACAAAAGUGCACCACCUGAGCCCGUCCUUAUGUCGACCUUGGGAGCUCCUACCUUGGUUGUCGAUGCUAUUCCGUCUGAACUCCAACUUGAGAUUGGUGAGUCUUCAUCCUUUGUGCCCGCCGAGAUUACCAUGGAUCCAUCGGCGGAGGAUGGAGGAAACUUGGCCACGGUCCCCCAUGAAGAGGCCCCUCUACCAUCCCCUGAUCAGCCAUCUGGUGACAUUUUUGACUUCCUAGAUCAGUGGGAUGCAUCUAUAUCCUCCGCGGAGGCUUCCACUCGCCUUGCCACUUCUUCUACAUCGACCGGGGCCCUACCAGAUUCCGGGGCUGAGGCCAUACUUCGGUCAUACAGAGAUGGAGACUUCAUGUCCUUGGAGGACAAAGAUGAGAGAAGCAAGCUCAAGGCCGCCAUUGAGACUUUGGCGAGUUCUGGCUUUUUCCCUGAUCCACGCUCGGCGGCUAUGAUUACUCAUCUCUUUGGUCAGGUGGAGAGAUUUGCCCCCCGCCGCCGUCCUUUUCUGGAGGAGCAAAGGAUAGGCCAAGACUUGGAGCAGCGGAUUACCUCAUGUAGUGCCACCAUGAGGAGGGAGAUCGAGAUCGCCCGCCAAAUGCAGCAGGAGGCUGCGAAUAUCGAUGAGCAGGUGAGGCAGCUCCAAGAAAGGAAGGCUGGCAUUGUUGCCAAAGUCUCCGAGAUUGUCCGGAGCAAUAGGCCUCUCGAGGCUCAACUUCGACAGGAUGCAGCAGCGGCGGGAGCAUAUCGAGAGAGGAAGUUGAUGAUUCAGUCUACCUUGUCCGCCGGAGAUACCGCGAUGGAGAGCUUUAGGGCUGCCCUCCGGACCCUUUUCCCCGAUGCUUAG